UUGAUCUGUGGCUCUCACCGCUUCUAUUGAUCCAACAGAUUAAAUACCGUCUGGUUUUCUCUGUUGUCCAUUGCAUUCUUUACUGAAUGCAAACUUCGUCAUGUUUAUCAGAGCAACUUUUCUCCUCUACUUUGUGGUGUCACUGUCAAAACUUGUUCGUUGCAUGGAAAGUGAACUUUGCUUCCCGAUUAGACUGGAUAACCACCAGUAUGACAGGGGAGAUUUUGACAACGACUUGGAUAUCCUUAAUGGAAAACGUGUCCUAAAAAUACAAGCUUUCCAGCAGGAGUUAGUGAUCGAUUUACACCAAGACUUUAAAUUCAUUGCCCCCUCAAUUUCUAACCAAGACGCAUUCUGGCUGCCCAAAACCGAUGUCACCACUGACUUGAGCCGGUGUUUUUACUCCGGGUACGUGAAUGGUGACCGCUAUUCUUAUGCAGCUUUGAGCCUCUGUAAAGGUUUACAAGGUGCAUUUGGCUACCAAGGCUGGGAAUAUUUUAUCAGCCCGGCCCAAAAUGACACCAAAAGCGCGGAAAGUGCGCACGUCAUCCGGCGCAGAACCAGCAACAACCUGAAGCUCAAUUCAACCUCUAGGUGCGCAGUGAAAAGCGACAUAAGUCUCCAGGUUGCGCAAUCGCUGGAGAAAUACAAACAACUAAAAGAUUACAGCAAUGUGACCGAGACCAUGCUGAACAGGAUGGGGAGAGCCAAAAGGUUCGCUUCAGUUCCCAGAUACGUGGAGACGCUUGUAGUGGCGGACGAGUCCAUGGCUUUGUUCCAUGGAGAUGACCUAAAACACUACCUCUUGACACUGAUGUCAGUGGCAGCGAAGCUCUACAAACACCCCAGCAUUCUCAACUCCAUCAGCAUAACAGUUGUGAAGAUCGUGAUUAUAUCGGAGGCGGAUAAAGGACCCAAGGUGUCCGGGAACGCAGCCAUGACGCUGCGGAACUUUUGCACCUGGCAAAAAAAGAUGAACAAAAACAACGACAAGCAUGCAGACUACUGGGACACAGCAAUCCUGUUCACCAGACAGGAUCUGUGUGGAGCCUCCACCUGUGACACUCUUGGCAUGGCUGAUGUCGGCACCAUGUGUGACCCCAAGAGGAGCUGCUCUGUGAUAGAAGAUGAUGGCUUACCAUCAGCCUUCACCACAGCUCAUGAGCUUGGGCAUGUGUUCAACAUGCCGCAUGACAACGUGAAGGCCUGUGAGGAUGUGUUUGGAAAACUGCAGGACAACCAUAUGAUGUCUCCCACACUCAUUCAGAUCAAACGUACCAGCCCAUGGUCCCCCUGCAGUGCUGCCAUCAUCACUGAAUUUCUGGACAGUGGGCAUGGGGAGUGUUUGCUCGACCAGCCUCAAAAACCGAUGGUCCUCCCUGACGUGCUGCCAGGAACGUCCUACAUGCUUGAACGUCAGUGUGAGCUCGCUUUCGGUGAAAACUCCAAGCCCUGUCCCUUCACGCAGCCAUGUGCUCGUCUGUGGUGCACUGGAAAGUCCAAUGGCCAUCUGGUGUGUAUGACCCGGCACUUCCCAUGGGCAGACGGCACCCCCUGCGGAGAUGGACAGGUCUGCGACCGAGGGAUUUGCGCUGACAAACAGGUCCAACCUGUGAGGGUGGACGGCCGCUGGGGCAAGUGGGGCCCAUUUGGUUCCUGCUCACGCACAUGUGGAGGUGGUGUCCAGCUGUCUAAAAGGGAGUGUAACAACCCAGUUCCGUCAAAUGGGGGUAAAUACUGCCAAGGGGUUCGGGUCAAAUACCGCUCCUGCAACCUGAACCGCUGCCCUGACACAGGUAAGACUUAUCGGGAAGAGCAGUGUGAGACCAGCGGCCUCAGUUUCAACAGUAACCGUAUUGCACCCUCAGUGGUGUGGGUACCCAAGUACUCUGGAGUGAACACAGAUGACAGAUGUAAACUCAUCUGUAGGGCAAAUGGCACCGGCUACUUCUAUGUCCUGGCACCCAAGGUUGUGGAUGGCACUCCAUGCUCCCCAGACUCCACAGGUGUGUGUGUACAAGGGAAGUGCAUCAAGGCUGGCUGUGAUGGGAAAAUUGGCUCCACCAAGAAGUUUGAUAAGUGUGGAAUCUGUGGCGGUGAUAACAAGGGCUGCAAGAAGGUGUCAGGACUCUUUACAAAGCCUAUGCAUGGAUACAACUUUGUGGUCAUGUUGCCAGUGGGCGCAGCCAACAUAGACGUCCGUCAGCGAGGCUACAAGGGGAUGGUGAAUGAUGACAACUACUUGGCCAUAAAGAACAGCGAGGGUUAUUACCUGCUCAAUGGGAACUUCAUUGUGUCGGCUGGGGAGAGGGACAUUGCUGUAAAGAACAGCUUGCUGCGCUACAGUGGCACAGCUGGCCUCUCUGAGACCCUGCAGGCUGUGAAACCCUUGGGAGAAGCCCUCACUGUGGAGGUGCUGUGUGCGGGCAAGAUGACGCCUCCUCGCAUCCGUUACUCCUUUUACCUCGCCCGUCAGACCAAGGAGGACAAGACUCUGAAGAAAGAGGGGCGUGUAAACUCCCACAACAGUGUUCUGGCUGAGGAUGGUGUCAAAGAGAAGGGAAGUGACACCCUGAAGAAGUCUUAUAGCAAGGAGGAUCCUGUUCUUGGGAAAUGGAUAUCCACAAGCUGGGACGCGUGCUCGGUGACAUGCGGCAAUGGGAUCCAGAGGAGGAUGGUGCAGUGUCUGCGACCGGACGGGAAGCCAGGGUUGGACUGCAAUUCUUCACUAAGACCGUCGGCUACCAGGGCUUGUGGAGACCCAUGUCCAGAGUGGCAUAUUGGGCAGUGGUCGCCUUGCUCCAGAACCUGUGGGAAGGGCUUCAAGAGACGACCGUUGCAGUGCAAUACCCAGAUUGGGCAACUGCUCCCGAGGGACCAUUGCAAAGGCUUACGCAAACCACAGGAGCUGGACUUCUGUAACCUAAGGCCUUGCUAGUGACUAAAAGCAAACAACAAACUAAAUAAACUACAAAUCUUUGUCACGUUUUAAAUGGACUAAACCGAAUCCCCCUGCAAGCAUCGCUCAAACUCUGUGACUGUCAGGUGCAGAUUUUUCCUCCUGCAUUGUGGGACACUUGCUUGGAAGAACAACGAGAAUAAUAAAAGGAGAGUGAAAGGAGCAGGAUGAAUGCUGGAUGAUAUUUUUCCCCUGCCAUUACUCUGACUUCAGAAGAUAUUAUCCAGGUUGAACUCUGAUGGCAAAACAAGUAAUCAAUUGAGUUUACCUUAUGAGUCUGGAACCCAUCUCAUGUCAUAAUAUUUGAACUGUGCAGGUUUUAGUAAAGCAGGUUAAGUUUUAGUUUGGUCUUUCAAAUAGAUCAGGGAAGGCUGCUGGCUUUCCAAAAAAAUGACUCCUUUCAUUUUUCAAAAAGUAAAUAUACCAGGAUUGACAACUUUUUAUAUACUGGACUGGACUAACACCUGUGUGCCUCACAACACAUUAUACAGUAAAAGACCACCCAGUUAAUGAUGAUGAACACUUCAUUGACCAUUUUCAACUGUCAGAAAUGAAAUAAUUUGUGUUGUCGUACAGAUGUAGCCUAGUUAUAACACACUUUUUGGAUUAUGCUGUUUUUUUAAAAAUCAAAUCCAAAGAUAUAUUUUUGAAGUUGUUGGUUAACAGCUGUUGCAAAUCAAGGUUGAUACAACACUGGGGAGAUUCAAUUAGAAAUAGUAACAACCACAUUUUAAACAUAUUUUACAACUAGAACUUAUGCAGAAAAAACACCAAUAAUGAUGUAGCCAGCUUUUCUCAUCUUCAUGCUACUAGGAAGAAAUCACCUGCGCUCCAGACACUGAUCUUCUGCAGACCUCACUCAGCACCAGUCAUGGAAACAGUUUAAACUAGAAUCUGAAGUCACAGCAGUGGCAUUCGUAACAGAUCUAACUAAACAAAUCAGGGCAGGAAACAAAGAGCAGCAGUUUUCUCCUUGUCAGCAGGUGUGGUCGCUAGCUCACAUUGAUUUCAUCAGGCUUCAUCCAACACAGUCCACUGCCCAUGUGAGAUAUGGGUUUAACCUGAUAUCCCACACACACACACACACACACACACACACACACACACACACACACACACACACACACACACACACACACACACACACACACACACACACACACACACACACACACACACACACACACACACACACACACACACACACACACACACUGUGCUCAGUUCCUGCUUUCUGUGUUCAACAUGUUUGAUUGCUUCCUUCAUUUCCUCUAUCAUUUGACCACAAUGAUUGUCCUCUCAUUUCAUAGUGUUCAGCCAGUUGUGAAGCCUGUUAAGUCAUGCCUGUCUGGCACAGUUACCACAGAUAAUUUAUUAUCAACGAAACAAUAAAGCGAAAGAGAAGAAAAAACUGGCAAGCCCUCUCUUAUGCUGUACAGAACGUGUGUUUUCCUGGAUCUCCUUGUUCAUGGCCCCACAGCCUGAGCCAAGCUGUUCUUUCUACACACUCGAUGAAACCCUGUAAUCCAUUAUAUUCUUGUUUUGUUUCUUAAAGGGGCCACAUUGUCCAGUCCAACAUCCAACUGCAGGAUGCAUUCUACAUAGUUGGAUUAUUAUUUUUUAUUUUUUAAUCAGCUUUUGCACUUUGUACAGCAAAAGAAAACAAUGACCUACAUGGGCUGUACUGUAUACUAUGUAUACAUUUAUUCAGCUCUGUGCAAAAAUUUAUGUAAAUACUAGUAAGUCUUUUUUACGCAGGCAUU